UUAGUGUUGAGGUUACAGGGAGGAUUAGUGUCGGGGUUACAGAGGAGAUUAGUGUCGAGGUUACAGGGAGGAUUAGUGUCGGGGUUACAGGGAGGAUUAGUGUCGGGGUUACAGAGGAGAUUAGUGUCGAGGUUACAGGGAGGAUUAGUGUCGGGGUUACAGAAGGGAUUAGUGUCGAGGUUACAGGGAGGAUUAGUGUUGGGGUUACAGAAGGGAUUAGUGUUGGGGGUUACAGGGAGGGUUAGUGUCGAGGUUACAGGGAGGAUUAGUGUUGGGGGUUACAGGGAGGUUAGUGUCGGGGUUACAGGGAGGGUUAGUGUCGGGGUUACAGGGAGGAUCAGUGUCGAGGUUACAGGGAGGAUUAGUGUUGGGGUUGCAGGGAGGUUUGGUGUCGGGGUUACAUGGAGGAUUGGUGUCGGGGUUACAUGGAGGAUUGGUGUCGGGGUUACAGGGAGGAUUGGUGUUGGGGUUACAGGGAGG